AUGGAGGUAGAAAACAGUGAAAAGUUUAGAAUUCUGGUUGUGGAUGAUGAUAUCAAUUGCCUUCUCACUACUACUGCAUCACUCAAGAAUUUGAAAUUCGAAGUUAUGACAGUGAAUAACAUAGAAGUUGCUUUGGGUGGCCUUCGGAGCAGUGGCCUCUCAUUUGAUCUUUUGCUCAUAGAUGUCCACAUGCUUAAAAUGGAUGUCUUCCAAUUUCAACAAGAAAUAGCUAAAGAAUUUGACAUUCCUGUUGCAUUUAUGUCAAAUGAUGAGAAAGACAAUACACUUAUGAAAGGACUUGACAAUAGAGCUGUUUUCUUCAUAGUGAAGCCCAUAACACAAGAUAAUAUAAAUUAUUUAUGGGAAUACGCAACCUCCUUGCGAAACAAGAAGCAUACAAGCAAACAAGAGUUUGAAGAAAACCCUAAUGACGUAAUUUAUAUUGAAUCUUCGUCUUCGGUUAGUGAGAGGGACAAGUCUACCAGAAAAUAUGACGACGUUGAAAAUCAUGAAGACGCUUCAUCUAAAUCAUCCAAGACGAGUAGAAUCAUUUGGACGGAUUCCCUUCACAACAAAUUCUUGGAAGCUAUUGCAAUACUUGGCGUGAAAAAAGCUUAUCCGAAAAAAAUUCUUGAACUCAUGAAUAUUCCUGAGCUGAGUAGAAAACACAUAGCAAGCCAUCUUCAGAAAUAUCGUAUGCGCUUGGAGAAAAAUGCUAUUCCAGAAUUGAUUUUGAAUUCGAAAAAUCUCAACUAUGCUGAUCAUGAUACCGAGACUGAUCUUCGAGGCUUCAUGUCUGAUUAUGAGAAAGAUAGAGAAUUUUCUAAUAUAUUAAGUCGACAUCUUAAUCAGAAGCCUUGUAAUUUGCAAGGAAAUCAUGAAGGUAUUAAUGCUGCGGAAAUACCGUUACAUCUUGGUAAUGUUCUUCCAAAUUCGGCAUCAGAGCAAGGAAAAUAUGCAUGUAUUACUGCAGAGGAAAGACCGUUGCAUUUCAGUAAUGUUUCUCCAAUUUUGGCACUUGAGGUAGUUAUCGUACGCCGGUGUGGUGCCAUGGACAGAGGUCGGGGAAGAGGAAGAGGACAAGGGCAAGGACGUGCGGGAAAACAACCACUAGUUACCAUCGGAAGCUCAGUAGGAACUCAAAUUGUGUCACCGGAACCAGAUCCAGCUAAAGCAGUAGCCGAAAAUGCUAAAUCCAUAACCCGGAGACUGGAUCUCUGUCUAAUGGGACGGGAACGAGGAGGAAACUACAACUGA